AUGUUGCUGUUACUUAAUUGCUGCGAAAACCUUGAUAUUCCAGAUGUGAUGCGUCUUGUGAUCGUUCCAAUCUGUAUCGUUUGGGGUUUAUACGCUUAUUUAGUUUACAGUUUUGUGCUGGGUGUCAUGUACUAUCGUAGACGUGCAGAAUCUUGGCUGAAGCGAAGCGAAUUUACUACUGGUGCUGCUCUUAUUCAAGACGACACGAGUCAAGGAGCCACACCUCCGAGAAUCGUGCCUAAGACGACUAGCAAUUCGUCGACUCCACUCAGUUUCAUUCGCCAACUCGAGACAGUUGACGAAGAACGAUCGCAUCCCACCGAAUUGUAA